ACAAUCCUGCAUUCAUUCAAGUCUUGACUUUACUACAGAAAAUGGUUUACCCUGUCACAAUGCACACCGUGUUCCAAAAUGGAACCACGUCACAAUAUAUUUGGAACGACCGUCCCUUUUUUAUCCCAGAUCUGAAUGCCGUGUUCGUGAUGUUUUAUGCUUCUGUCAAUGCGGCAUUAUACCAGGGAUAUGCGGCUUUUCGUAUCAACGACCCAUUCAACACUCCCCCAGAGUGGAACUCGUUUUUGGAUGAGCAAGGUCAGACCCCAGAUUUAAAUUUCCCAUUUGCUUGGAAACGAAGCUACAAUUUGCUUGGAACACAAUUGUCGGCAUUCUACGAAAAAGUAAUUCGAUCGCACUAUUGCCACCAGAAAAAUAUCACCACCAAUUUCAUAUAUUCAAAAAGAGUUUUAGCUCAUCUACCCGACUGCUCCACAAUAGCAAUAUGUAACUCAACCAAUUGCUUUUAUUACGAAACACAAAGCAUAGAUUUUACUUUACUAAGGAAAUCUGGAAUCACAAAGAACAUGUCUCAACAUGAUACAUGGGCCCAAGAAAUUCAUGGGUAUCGUCAGGCCCAUUAUGGGUCGACCAUUUCCACCAGCAUCAGCAACAUGUAUCCUUUUAUGCAUGUCGACAACUCUACAAUCACCUCCCAGAUAAACCAAUUUUUUACUUUUCCCGGCUCGAAUGAAAGUUUUAUCAGAGAAAAGGGCUUAUUUGCCCCUGAAGGACAUCGAGGAAGGACGUAUUAUAAGCCUCAAAGUCUAUUAGAAGCAGUACGGUCUGCAAAAAUUCUCAAUGAAUUCUCACUCAAUUGUAGUGCUGAGAAUGCUUCGCAUUUUAUUGUGGAGUUAAAUGGACCCCUCCCUGAGGGUUGUUCAUACCUCUCCAUUUUUAACGACACCCAUAUACUCACCUUAACCCUGUUAAGCAACUUCUACGCCCAGAGAUACACACGACGAUUACAAUAUUGCACACAGCAAAAAUUAGAUGCACGAGUUCGAAGAGCAGCAAUUGACGCAAGCAACUCAACUGCAAAUAAUCAUAACCGCAACUCGGGACUUCUGAGAUUUAACUUACCAGGAUAUCGUUACUGUGGUCCUGGUACAAAUUUGGAAAAAAUGUAUGAUCUUGGGGGUCCAAUCAAUGCCUUGGACUUAGCGUGCCGUGAACAUGACAAGGCAUACUUGUUAGGUGUUCCCCCUGAAACAGCGGACAACGAAUUGCUUGAAAAAGUCCAAAAAUUGAGACCGGAUUUAUUUAUUUUAUUUUCAUUAGUAAUGAAAAGCAAGUCUAUUUUUGAAUCAACAGUGGAUAAGAGAUAUACAUCUUCACUGUACUACAUUCCGUUCGAGUUCUCCCCUAGCCUGACGUUAUUCUUCGCAAGAUUUUCAUCGUUCGAGGACGAAGGUAUCUCAACAAGUAGGGGUGCCGAUCUGGAGAAACAAUGGAUGCAACUUGUUACCGACUUGUGGCAAGGAGUCUGUCACACUGCUGAGUUAUAUCCGUCAUUUCCUUCGUUCUAUUUGAAUGGAUCAUUACCGAUAAAUGCGGAGAGUAAUAUUCCAGUGUCUACGUCGAAUAUACACACGACCACCAGCCAACCAAUCGACACCCGCGUUUGUGCUGACAGCGGUAACGCUGAAGAAGCAAGUGGCCCUCAACCUGAAUCCACCGAUGAUGACACCACGGGGAGGACACCUGCGCAGACUCCAGAGAUACCCAGAAGAGGUGGUUUUGAGAUAGAUGGUCAAUUACUGAGCAAAACAAACCUAGAAUAUCCACAACCACCAGCAGCUUUUGGGAAAUGUCGUUUGCUUAUAUCAGAAUUAGUCACUGAAACUAGUGCUCAACAAUCUUUCCUUGAAUAUGAAAUGUUGUGCCCAUCCAAAAGGCGUUCGAAGCACAAGAACCUUUCUGGAUUUUUGACCAUCUUUCUAGAAAGUGGCGAUAUUCCAAAAAUUAUCGGGACGAUUGACCACUCCAACAAAGAACUCGUAGAAGUUGUGGAGACCACUUCUAGCGGAAAUCAGGUUACCCGCAAAUAUUUUGUUGUGGGUGGUGGAGGUACUCAAACGAAUCAACAAAUUUCCAGAGGAAUGUUUGCGGACCAGUAUAAUUUAGCUAUUCCGUCCGCCCAAUCGAGAACAAUUUUUGUCAUUCUAAUUUAUAUUCCUAGUUACAUGAAACACAUACCAACAGCCAGAAAAUUCUGGCUGCCAAUCAACAACAAUGGAGUUUACGAGCCAAAACCUUUGACAGAAGAUCAUGAAGGUCUUAUCACAAAGUAUCUCCAGGACUCUUUACUAAUUGGUCAGCCAUGCAAUUUCGACGAAUGUGGUAUGUUCUUGAAAUGGGCAAUUGUAGAAAGCCUUGUUGGAGAAGAUAACCUUAUAUACCCUAUACCUGAUGUCGAGGGAGCAGUUAAGCCAUAUCAAAGUCUCAGUAGGUGUAGCUCGACGAUGCUUCCUAUGCAAAUGAAUGACUUUGUUGUUGCAACGCCAACACCAUCAGCCGAGAAUAAUUGUCCCAGAGAUACUCCGGUGUCAUUUCAAAGCCCAUUCAAUUUUCGUGGCCGGGCAUUACAAUCAACAGCUCAGCAGAUUAUUAUCAACGUGAAAUACUUUUUUGACAGGGCGACAGCUAAUUCAGAGCUACUCGUGGGAUCGCCCUCGAAAUUAGCUUCAUUAGCCACAAAUGUCAAACUCUGGACGGUGUCAAGGGUCGUUGUAGCACACCGCAACAACGUUCAAAUACAGACACCUGGAAAGAAACGACCACGAGAAAUGAGGACUUUUAAAUUGCUGGACCAAUUCAAACUAGAUAUACUAAAAGCCAUGAUACAGAAACACUUUCAGAAUAAUCGCGUCGCAUUUCUGGAAGAAAUUUAUAACGAGUUUAUGGCGCGGAUGAAGGAUGACGACGAUGUUUUAGAGAGAACAUCGUCUGAGCCAAUAACGAGAUUUAAGUGCUCGUUGUAUACGUUUAAAAAGCUGAUGCACAAAAUUGCGUAUAAAUUUGGCACAGUUGAUCUCCGAGUUGCAAUCCUACAAAGAGAAGAUAUAAUUCGAUGGCGAGGUCGGUUUCUUAAACGUCUACGAGAAAACGAAAGGGACCCCAACAAAAAAAAAAUUAUAUACACAGACGAAACCUGGGUGGACCCCCACGCCAGAACUGGCAAAGCAUGGGUGCCAAGAACAUUCAGAAGCUGGCAGGAAAGAAAACUAUAUACAUUUAAGCAAAAUAAAAUAGAUGGUGGUGAAGAUGGAUUUGUGGAGGGAGCCAUGAAGGUAUAUCCAAUCUCAAAAAAAGAUGCCGACGGAGAUUACCAUAAAAACGUAGAUGGCCCUACCUAUCUCGCCUGGUUUCGCAAAUUGUUAACAUCAUUGGAAGGGAAAGGAAGUUUCCUGAUUAUUGUGGACAAUGCACCAUAUCACGGAUCUGCCGAGGUACCAGUCUCCAGGGACAAGAAGGGGGUCAUGUACACCUGGCUAACGAAUCAUUGGGAUCCAAGCCGCGGCCCCAUAAAACCAGAGAAGCAAUAUCUAAAAUGGGAACUUUGGGACAUUAUUAAGUCGAUGAAGGUUGGAAACAAAUACUACGUUAUUGAUAAGCUGGCAAAGGAAGCUGGUCACGAAAUACUUCGAUUACCCCCGUAUAAUUGCGACCUCUCGGCAAUAGAAUAUGUUUGGAAGGAUACAAAGGAUUAUAUCCGGAAAAAUAAUCUUGAUCAAAACCUUUCCACAGUGCAAAGGACGGCAGAAGAAGUUAUGAGAAAUUAUAAUACCAGUUAUAGGAUUGCACAUGUCAACCAUGUGAAAAGGUUAGGGGAAGAAUACUGGACAAAUGAUCGAUUUUAUGAAGACUUAAUUGACUCCCUUCCAACGGAAAGAUUAAUUAUCAACCCGGGCCAAAUCGAUGACGAAGACGACGAAGACUUCGAAUAUGACGAAGUUUUUCCCGAUCUUGAAGAGUCAAUGACAAUUCAAAGUAUGGUGCAUGAUUAUGAGAACAUGGGACUUUCCACUAUGUAUGGCUAUACGGAUGAGGAUGAAUUGGAAAUCGAGACAGCAGUGGAAACACCACUAGAGGACCCAUCCAGUCGUCGCCAAUUAUUUGUCCAUUCCACUGACGAUGAUGAAACAUCAACUAUUCCACAUGUGAGAAGCCCACAUAACGAACUCAGGAUAGAAUAGAGUUUAUUUCAUUUUGAUUUUUUUGUAAUAAUUUAUUAUAAUGUUAGUUAAAUACAUUUGAAAUUAAAUAAUACAUUAUACAUACUGUGUUUACACUAUAAAUAAUUAGUUUUUGAAAAUUCACUUCACACCCCCCUGAAGUGUUAAUGUUUUUAAAUAAACUGCAGCAAGGCCACGUACCCAAGCAACGCAAAAUUCUGAGAAUGCGAUACAAAAUAAAGAAAUUUUGAAAUCUGAAUUAUUAAAAAAAAUAAUGAAACAAUUAAGGUUCCCUCAUUUCAUUUAUAUCGAGCCACUCUGGAGAAUCAUGCAUCAUACAUGUUUUAAAUUUUUGCUCUCAU